AUGGGCGAGUUGGAGGAGGAAUGGGAGGCGUUGGCGCUCAAGACGAGGGAGUUCGUACAGCGCCGAUCUGGGGUCGGGGAGAGCGAGGUCGAUGCGUUGGUCACGAAGGCUGAGACGAUCUCGUGAAGAGAGUUUGGUAGUAUUUGUCUCGCUACUUCGUUUAUUGAAGAAGUUCAGUUUUUUUGUAAUAUUUGUCACGAACGAAUUUUCUUUCCCCCGCUAGUGUCUAUCGAGAUGCCACUAAAGAGAGCCAUACAUGA